UUGAUUUUGAAAACGACUGCAGUUGAAUAGUAGAACUGUAAAACAGUACUGUAUAAAAUGUUUAACAAAAUUUUGGAAACACCUAAAUAACUGUCCGGAUAAAAUAUUAUGUAAGUGGGUCAAGGUCAUUCUUGGAGUAACUUUCAACGAGAAAUAUAAAGUACAAAAAUAUACAAAGGUUUGACACCGAAUAAGAAAAACUGAAAGUCAAAAUAAAUGUUUCUUCAUUUGUGCACAUAAAAAUCAAGCUGUUGUGUAGAAAUUUAUAUGGAAAUGAAUGGUAUAAAAAGGCAAGUAAAUUCAGCAGCUUCAUCUUUAACAAUUUUUCCGAAUUGUGGAAAUAAAAUUACGUACAGAAUACAUUUAAAAUGGUUGUGGUCUGUAGUAUUUUUUCUGUUUUGAUCCUGGCAGUAUUAAAAUUCUCCGAUGCCUCUGAUUACUGCAAUAUUCGCACAUGCAUAGCAGGAACUCAUACUAUGUGUCUUUUCCAGAUUCCUGUACCUCUAUGUCCAGCAUACGGUUUUGGAUUAACUGGUCAAGAAAAGCAGGCUAUUUUGUCUCAUCACAAUGAACUGAGAAGAAGAGUAGCUGCUGGAAUGGAAACUCAAGGAAGUCCAGGUCCACAACCACCUACAAAAUUCAUGCCCGAUCUUGCAUGGGACAAUGAACUUGCAAUAAUAGCACAAACAUUAGCUGAUACCUGUAAAUUCGAACAUGAUAAAUGUCGAGAUGUUGAGAGAUUCCCAGUUGGUCAAAACAUCGCCUCUAUUGCAUCUACCGAACCAAAUUUUUCUCCUGACUUAACAAGGCUUGUGCAGAUGUGGUAUGACGAAGUCAAAUUAUUCAACGGACAAGAUGUUUCGGAAUAUAGCUUCAAUCCAGCAGUUGGUCACUAUACACAGUUGGUUUGGGCCAAGAGCCUUUACGUAGGUUGUGGUGUGGUCAAGUACAGUGAAGGAGGAUUAAACAAAGUUUAUUUAGUUUGCAAUUAUGGGCCAGCUGGAAAUGUCCUUGGCGAAGAAAUAUACGAAGUUUGCUAAUUUGAUUCAUAUUGUUAAAUAAAUUUUUGAUUAUUGUUUCUAAUUAUUGUUUAUAUUGGAUUGCCUUUGUUAAUCCUUAGGAACUAAUAAAUUUAUUAUUAAAUACAAAUA